AUGACCACAAUCUCCUUCCAGGUCGCCGAGCCUGGACCGCCAACGGAUGCGUCACAGGACGCCAGAAGGACAACGCCGGGACCGCCCUCGAGCGCUGCUCCAUCGCUUUUCGACAGCGAUCCUGAGAAAGGCGGCUCCACGCGACUCGACAGGGCCACCUCAGGACAGCCUUCACAGCAAGCCGAGAUCGAAGAAGGGAACUGGCCGACCGAAUGGCGGGCGUGGACGACACUGUGUGCCUGCUUCUUCCUCAUGUUCAACAGCUGGGGCCUCGUCAACGCCUACGGGACCUUUUCGUCAUACUACAAGGACGUACUCCUUCCGGACACUGAUGCGUUAUACUUCAACCUCAUCGGCGCAACGGAAUGUUUUAUGGUGCUCAUUUUGUCGGGCGUCGUCGGUCGCCUCCUGGACGCCGGGCUCUACAAGUACUUGCUCGGUACCGGCACCUUCCUCAUCACUCUUGGCUUCAUGAUGCUCAGCAUCUCCAACGGCAACGGCGAGUGGAAACAAGGCUCCUUCGCGAACAUUGAGGCCACGCACGGCAUCGUCGCGGGGCUGGGCAUGGCUUGCUUUUUCGUCAGCAGCUCGCAAAUCGCGGCUACAUGGUUUCAUCGCCGAAAGAGUCUGGCUAUUGGCAUCGUCGCCUCAGGUGCGAGCAUUUCCGGCCUCGUCUACCCAAUCAUGUUGCGCUUCCUCACCACGUCCAUCGGCUUCAACAAUGCGGUACGCUGUGUCGCAGGUCUGAUUGGAAUUACCGCCUUGUUCUCCUUCUUCUUCGCGACACCGAAUCCGAAACAUAUCCACCACAGUCCCGGUUCUUGGAUGGACCAUAGAGCUUGGGUGGACUUCGAGGCAUUCCAGUACAAGCCUUUCAACUGGUUCACCGCCAGUAUUGCUUUCCUGUUCCUGGGAUUUUAUCCAGUCUUCUUCAACCUUGAGGAGUGGGCUGCCUACAAAGGCUUCGGGUACAAAGCAGGCAUUGGCCGGACAUCUGGCCCGGGCGAGCACCGACCUCUGACGGCCGGUCUGGCCACAUAUUACAUGCUCGCUAUCAUGAACGCAAUGAGCACAUUCGGUCGUGUUGGAGCCGCUUGGCUUAGUGAUCACUUCGGUGCAGUCCGAGUCCACACCAUUGCCACUGGAGUCAGCUCUCUUCUCCUGCUUCUCCUAUGGACUCUGGCACCCAAUUUCGAUGUGGCGAUGGUCUUCGUCGCUUUCUUCGGAGUUUUCAGCGGCUCUGUCAUCGGCCUUCCGCCGGCCAGCAUGGCCAACCUUCUCGGCAAGGACCCGCGUAGGCAAGCCAAGUUGGGCCAGUGGACGGGAAUGAUGUACACCUUUGCGGGCAUACCCGCUCUCGUCGGCCCCAUCAUUGCCGGCCAUCUGAUCUCCGAGUACAAGACCUACAUCACCGUCCAGCUCUGGAGCGGCGCGUGCCUCAUGGUCAGUGCUGUUUGCAUGGGCAUCGCAACCAUGUACAAGCAUAGAGAAGAACCGGACAUGGUCACGUCGGACCAGAGCGAUUCAACGGAUCAGGACGAAGACUGCCGCACCAACAACCCGACUAUCAGGAGUAACGCUUCAAGCCGGACGGUGUCGAGCGGUGUGUCCACGGUGGAUCGGCGACGUGAUGAGCAGCAGAACGAGAAAAGUGACGAUGAGGCCAAGAAAGCCAAGGAUGACGAGCGAGCAUGA